ACGAACCCCCAACAAAGUCACCGGAUCCUUUGAUCUCAGAGAGUCUGGAGCUCAAAUGAGCUGUGAGCUGCUGCAGGGGAACAUUAGUGCGCAGCCGGGGGGACGACGCAGCGCAACUUUCCUCCACUUGUGCGUUUUCUCCACUUUUACGCACAAGAUCUAACUUUACGCACAAGAUCUAACUUUAUUUAUUCCUUUUAUACUUUUGUUUUUUUUGUUUUUUGGGGGUUAUUACCAUUACCAUUACCAUUUCUUCAAAGUGUGAUUUUGCAUACAUAUAUAUAUAUAUAUUUUGGGGGAAGCAGACAUGCCUCAGCUCAGCAGCGGUGGAGGAGACGACCUGGGAGCCAACGAUGAGAUGAUCGCCUUCAAAGACGAAGGGGAGCAGGAGGAGAAGAUCCAGGAGAACGCGUUCACGGAGAGAGACCUGGCCGACCUCAAGUCCUCCCUGGUGAACGAGUCGGAAAUAAAUCAAAGCCCCAACACAGCGGCGGUCAGACGGGGACAGCACGGUGAGCAGAGGGGCUUCCCAGACAAGCACAGGGAGCAUCACGACGGAGUGUCGAAGCAGCAGCAGGAUGGAGGCAUGUACAAGACGACGGCGUACACAGGGUAUCCGUUCCUGAUGCUGCCGGACCCCUACCUCCCCAACAGCUCGGUGUCUCCAUCUUCGAACAAAGUGUCGGUGGUGCAGCAGUCUCACGGGAUGCACCCGCUGACGUCCCUCCUGCCCUACAGCAACGAGCACUUCAGCCCCAGUCCUCCACACCUGCCCACAGACAUGAGCCAGAAGACAGGCGUGUCCUCCAGGCACCACCAGUCCCAGGACCUCUCAGGGUACUACUCCCUCCCUCCAGGCGGCGUCGGCCAGAUUACUCCCUCCAUGGGCUGGCAGAGCCAGCCCGUCUACCCGGGCCUGUCCCCCUGUGGAUUCAGGCAGUCCUACCCGUCCAACCUCUCCGGGGCCGCCUCCUACUCCAGGUUCCCUCACUCUCUGAUGCUGGGCCCGUCAGGCAUGCAUCCUACGGGGAUCCCCCACCCGGCCAUAGUGCCCCCUACAGGCAAACAGGAGCACGAUCAGUAUGACAGGGGCAUGUACAUGAAGCCGCAUGUGGAAGCCAAGCGGGAGAAGGAGCCCAAGAAGCCGGUCAUCAAGAAACCCCUGAACGCCUUCAUGCUCUACAUGAAGGAGAUGAGGGCGAAGGUCAUCGCCGAGUGCACAUUAAAGGAGAGCGCCGCCAUCAACCAGAUUCUGGGACGAAGGUGGCAUGCGCUGACCCGGGAGGAACAGGCCAAAUACUACGAGUUGGCCCGGAAAGAGAGACAACUCCACAUGCAGCUCUACCCGACCUGGUCUGCCCGAGACAACUACGAGGCGGGCCUUAGCGGGGUCGCAGGGGAAAAGAGUAAAGCUGAUUGGGGCAAAAAGAAGAGGAGAAAAAGGGAGAAGCUGCAGGACUCCAAUACAGACCCGGGCUCUCCUAAGAAAUGCCGGGCUCGCUUCGGCCUCAACCAACAAACGGACUGGUGCGGUCCCUGCAGGAGGAAAAAGAAGUGCAUUCGCUACCUUCAAGGAGGAGGCUGUCCCAGUCCAACUUCUUCAGAUUUAAGUGCUAUAGACUCUCCGCCCUCCCCGACCCGCCACCGUCUCUACCAGCACCACCUCCCGCUCUCCCCGGGCUGCUCCCCGCCGCCCACCUCCCCGUCCGCUCACCUCCCCAUGUCGCCGCCGACGCUGCACACGCGCUCGUCACACGCGCGCCCCCCUCUGCUGCUCCGUCAGCCCGCCACCAAACACGCCCACACGCGCCCGGAACUGACGGGAAAGCAGACGCACGGCUCGACGACGGCGCUGUCGGCCGCCAAGGCCGCAGGACUUUCUCUCAAAGUGCUAACGGAGUCUCUGUGAUCUCCCCCCCCCCCAUCCCUCACCCCUCCGUCACCUCAGCUUCCCCUCCAGAGCCAUGAAGAUCAUCUUCCUCACCCGCCUUCACUCUCUCAUUCAUCCGUCCCCCUGUGGACUGAGGGUCAUCAUCCUCUUCUGAUAGAUCGUCUCCGUUCAGACGCUGGAUCCUCCACAGUCUGCAGUUCCAGACUGGAAUGCAUCAUAAAAGGUCAAAGGUCAUCCCAAAGCCUCCUUCAAAAUGGUCAAUUGUUUAAUCAAGCACUCAGGCAACCUGUCUGGAAAUAUUUGGCAGAUGUGUGGCUCAUCAAUCACUGGUAAACACGUUACUGAGAUUAGUAUUUACUGUUUAACCCCAUCAUGAUCUGCUCAUGAACUCAAAUUGUGUUUAGAAGUUUGAAGAGGAACACCGAAGUGUCUGAAAGGCUAAACGAUGUCAUUCAGAGGAGAGGCCUUCUGUCUGGAGGUCCACUGAAUGAGUCACAUCGUUGGGAGGAUCCAGCUUCUGACAUUGGGGAUGAUUGACAAAUCUGUGGCUCUCUGGCUCCAUCUGCUGCAGUUCAACAAAUCUGACAAAUGAAAACUCCCAAAAUCCGCUCUGUGCUUUUUUUCCCCUCUUUUUCUUCAAAGCUGGGUUUAUGCUUUUACCUCCAUGACAAUCAAAUAACACAGUAUUAUAAAUGCGCUCUUUGUUAAACGAUCCACAUCCACACAGACUCUUCUUCUAACAUUUACACUUUUAUCCAAAUUUGGGGGUUUAGGGGGAACCCACCACUGUCCACCAAACCAGAGACCCACAACCAGCCAUUCUGACCAGCAGAAACCUCAGAGAAAGACAGAUUCAUUAUAUAAGCUGCCGUUAUGUUCAACAGUUCGACUUCAGUUUCAUUCCAUUUCCCCAAAAGUUUUUAUAACUACGUGUUCAGCCCUCGGACAAAGACAGAAAAAUAUUUUUAUCAGGUAAAAAGGUCUCAUUCAUGACAAGUUACAUUAUCUCCUUUAGGCACUUUCAGUCGCUCACUAUAUCAUCGGUUACAUUUGUUCUGUUUUCUCCUUAUUUUUGUACGAUUUGAUGAUUUUUAAGGGCAGGUGUUUAGCUGGUGGGAACAAACCCUCAGAGAAAGGAUUUUUAUAGUUUCUUCUUUGAACAUUUUGCAGCUCCGUUAACUAAUCUGAGACCAAAUGGGUACUAUUAUAUUGCAUUGUGUUGUAAAGUUUUAUAAAUGUUGGAAUUCCCUAUUAUGAUUAAACUUUUAUAUGUUUUUAUGUAAAAAAAAGAAAAAAUGAAAUGUUUAGAAAAAAAAAAAGAUUUUUUUUUUUUAGUUGCUACCAUUUCUUAAAGCAAUACAUUUUGUGUUUGUCCUUUGGUGCAGAAUUUAACUUUUUUUGUUUUGGGGUCAAGUGUUACUUCAGCAGCGUUUCUCAAUCUGUGCAUGUUUCAACUUCAAUGUUCCAAACAGAUUUUGACUAGAAAAGCUUUCAUUUCCUGGUUCUGCUUUCAGCUCCAAACUCUUCAUUCAACGCUGUGGACAAACUAUUUGUGCAGAAAAACCCUGUUUUCCUCCAGCAGAGAGAGCUCUUGUGCUAGAAAUAGCUUGUUUUAUUUGGACGUCAGUAGUGGGAUCACUCAAGAUUUCAUUUGUAUUUUUUACGCCUCUGAUGUAUUACAUGUUUUCUGUUCGAUGUAUUAAAGUGUUUUUAAUAUCUUU